UUUAGACGCUACAGCUUUAAACUGUAGCAAAUUAUUAUUUUACCUAUACUAGCACAACUUUUAACAACUAACUUUUGACACACAGACACAGUUACAAGUGCAAAAAAACAAAAAAGAAAUUAAAACAUUUAACAAAGUUGUUCACUGCAGUUCAAUUAACGCCACACGGAAUUAGCCAUAAAAUUAUUGACAGUGGCCAUGUUUUGAGCACGCAGCUGAACAGUUUGAAUUUAUAAAAUGGACAAGAAAUCAAAAACAAAAUCAAAAACGAAAUCACUCAAGCCAAAUAAAGAAUCGAGCACACAGCUGGAAGUCGAUUCGUGGGAGCAAAAUGAGGAACUAUUGAUCAGCUGCGACAAGGAGCGUCGUGGACGCAAGUCGCCGCAGACAGCUGGUGCUGGCGCAGUUAUUUGUCCCGGUAAUGCAUCCGCAAAGGCAGCAGCAACAGCCAGCAAGGACUCCACCGUGAAGGCAACCACUGCGCCGCAGCUGAGCACAACGCCUACGGCCAUUAGCAUUGCGGGCUGCGCCUCGGGCACAGCCUUAGUUACGCUCGAUGAUGUGUUAGCCACUGAGGCAACAGAGCCGGAGCGUGGCAAUUGGACGGGACGUUUCGAUUUUUUGCUCUCGCUGCUGGGCUACUCUGUUGGCCUUGGCAAUGUGUGGCGCUUUCCUUAUCUCUGCUACAACAAUGGCGGCGGUGCAUUUCUCAUACCCUUUACGAUAAUGCUGAUUAUAGCAGGCUUGCCACUAAUGUUCAUGGAAUUAUCUUUUGGACAGUAUGCUGCGCUGGGUCCUGUGGCCGUGUAUCGUCGCUUUUGUCCGCUUUUCCGCGGAUUAGGCACUGGCAUGGUGCUUGUCUCCGCCAUUGUUAUGCUCUACUACAAUCUUAUCAUUGCCUGGACCAUCUUCUAUAUGUUUGCUUCGUUUCGCACGCAACUACCUUGGCAAAACUGCGAGCCCGAGUGGAGCACUGAGCAUUGCUUCUCCUAUGCCAUGGCCGAUCAGUGCGACGCCGUCAAUGGCACAUACUAUUUACGCAACUGUUAUAACGCCACCUAUGCGGAUGAGCACAACAUCACCGGAUUGGCUUUACAUGCGCUCAAGCGUCCACCUGCUGAGGAGUAUUUCAACAACUUUGUGCUUGGCUUGUCUUCGGGAAUUGAGGAAACCGGCAGCAUUAAAUACAGCUUGGCCGCUUGUUUAUUAAUUGCCUGGAUUAUAGUCUUUCUCUGCCUGUGCAAGGGUGUCCAGUCCUCGGGCAAGGUGGUCUACUUUACAGCGCUCUUUCCGUAUCUGGUUCUGGUCAUACUAUUCUUUCGUGGUGUCACGCUACCCGGUGCCAGCACAGGCAUAUUGUUUUACCUAUCGCCCGACUGGGCUCAGCUUGCUAAUGCGCAGGUCUGGGGUGAUGCUGCCGUGCAGAUAUUCUUUGCAUUGAGCCCCGCCUGGGGCGGUCUCAUUACGCUGUCCUCCUACAACAAGUUCUCCAACAAUUGCUACAAGGACUCGCUUAUUGUGGCCUUUUGCAACAUAGCCACAUCCUUUUUUGCCGGCCUGGUCAUCUUUUCGAUAAUUGGCUUUCUCGCUCACGAACUGGAGGUGGAGGUGGAAAAGGUUGUGGAUCAGGGCGCAGGUCUGGCUUUUAUUGUCUACCCGGAGGUCGUCACACGUUUGCCCAUUUCACCCGUCUGGUCGGUGCUGUUCUUUGUCAUGUUGCUCACUCUAGGCCUAGACUCGCAAUUUGCUCUAAUGGAGACCGUUACUACAGCCAUAUUGGAUAAGUUUCCCAACUUGCGACAAUUCAAAGUUUGGGUCGUGCUCUUUGUUGCCGUAUUUGGUUAUGUAGGCGGCCUGGGAUUCACCACCAAUAGUGGCAUGUAUUGGCUGCAGCUGAUGGAUAAAUAUGCUGCCAAUUGGUCUGUGCUGCUUAUAGCUAUAUCGGAGUGUGUUUUAAUUGCCUGGAUCUAUGGCUCACAGCGUUUCCUCAACGAUAUACAAGGCAUGAUAGGCAAGCGGUCGCGCUGCUGGAAUAUUUUCUGGAGCACCAUGUGGCGCUAUAUAACGCCAGCUACGCUGCUGUUUAUUUUGUUCUUCAAUUGGGUGGAGUACAAGCCAGCGCAGUAUGGUCAUUAUGUAUAUCCCUUGUGGGCAGAUACAGUGGGCUGGUUCAUUGGCUUAUUGCCUGUGCUCAUUAUAUUCUUGGUGGGUCUGCAGCAGUUCUGCAAAGCAUCAAAGCAGCUUACGAUCAAGGAGCGGUUCAAGCAUUUGCUGAAACCCACUGCAGAGUGGGGGCCAGCUGGACGACCUUGUGUCAAUUUGCAUGCCGAACGCUAUCAGAGCCAGAACUACGAUGGUGUGACUAAUACGCAAAUACUCAUAAGCAGCGCACCUAUAGAAGACGGAAUAUACGAGGAGACUAUUAACGACAGUGGCAAUGGCAAUGCCAACGGCAACGAGAACGGCUAUCGUGACGAUGCUAUGCAGCUCUGAGAGCGAGUUUAUGCUGGCUCGUCACCGUUAGCCAGCGUUGACGUUGACGUGCUGCCCAUGACGGUGGGCAAGGUGCCGGGUCCGAGCAUAUUGAAAACAUCGUCGCGUCACAGCAGCAACAGCAAUAAGCCGCAACAAACCGAAAAUGGCCGCCACAAGGCAACUGCAGAUGUAAAUGGCAGCAAGCAGCCGAUGGAAAACGCACAAACUGCCAAUAACAAGAAUGUGCAAGCAGCAACUGUUGCUAGCAACACAACAACAGUGUUGUCCACAGGUACAUUGAACAGCGGACGUGAACGCAAUACUAUGAGUACAUUUGCAGCAGAUGCUGCUGCUGUGGGGGGAACAGGCGCAGCAGCAAAGCUAAUGACACCCACGACGACAUCUGCUGUCAGCGCCACAGAAGCUGAAAAGACAACAACAACAGCAAGCGCAACUGGCAAAAUUGCUGCUGUGCCAGCUGGCUCAGCGCCAAGCACAAUUUUAUCCACUUUCAUACCAGCCGAAAGGCAAGGAACAACAUCAAUUGCUGCCAAUAACAACAAGAUUGCAACCACAGUCGCAGCAACAGCUGCAAAUUUAAGUGGAUCUGCAACUGCCACAACUGCAGCAAAUCAAAAAUCUGUGCCCAGUGCAACUGUCGCCAAGCCAGUGACAACCAUUGCUGCUGCUAAAACUGCAACAACAUCAGCUACUGCCGACAAAUCACAAGCAUCGUCCACUAAGGUAGCGACAACAAUAGCCCAAACAACAAGCGGCAUUGCCGGUAAAGCAACAGCGUCAAUGCCGGCAACAACUGUUGCUGCAACUACAGCUAAACAGCCAACAGCAACAGUUGCUGGCAAGGCGACAAAACCAACUGCCAUAGCAAUUACAACUGUGACCAGCAACACUCCGAAGCCAGCAACAGUAGCAACUACAACUGCUGCUAGCAGCACAAAAUUAGCAACAACUUCGCCAACGAAAGCAGGCAGCAAUAUAAAAAAGCAAACAUCAGCAGCAACUGUUGCUAGCAACAUGACUGAAAGAAUAAUAACAAAAACAUCCACCGUCGCUGUUGCCUGCAACAUGUCCGAUCCUAGAACGGCCCCCACAACAAUUGCAACAAUCGUGAGCUAUAUUGAAAAACCAACAACAACAACAGCUGCUACCACAAAAGCAAUAACCACUGCAGCAACAACGGUUGCUGCCACAAAAGCAACAACUACAGCAGCACCAACAGCCAAAUCACCAACAAAGAGCUUAGCAAGCAAACCCUCUACUAGCAGCGCAGCAGCAACAAAGUCUGCAGCUAUAACAGCAGCAGCCACUUCGAAGCCCAACAUACCGACAACAGCAGCAUCAACUGCAAAGGCAGCGACAACAGCAGAAGAAACUUCAAAGCCUAACAUGACGGCAACAGCAGCAGCCACUUCAAAGGUGAACAUAACGGCAAAAGCAGUAGCAACGGCAAAUGCACCGACAACAGUAGAAGAAACUUCAACUAACUUCACGGCAACUACAUCAACGUCGAAGGCCAACACAGCAACAGCAACUCUUAAAGCUAACAUUACUGCAACAGCAGCAGCUCCAAACGCCAACACACCGACAACAACAGCAGCCACUUCGAAGGUCAGCGUAACAGCAACAGCAGCAGCAACUGCAAAACCCAGCAUGCCGGCAACAACAGCAGCAGCAACUCUAAAGGCCAACACACCGACAACAGUAGAAGAAACUUCAAAGUCUAACUUUACAGCAACUGCAUCAACUUCGAAAGCCAACACACCGACAACGGUUACAGCAACUCUAAAAACUAGCAUUACGGUAACAGCAGCAACAGCUCAAAAAGCCAACACACCGACAACAGCAGCAGCAGCAGCAGCUUCAAAACCCAACACACCGACAACAGCAGCAGCCACUUCGAAGCCCAACACACCGACAACAGCAGCAGCCACUUCGAAGCCCAACCUAACGACAACAGCAUCAAUGUCAUCAAAGCCAACUGCCAACAGCAACAUGUCGCCCAAGAGCACCAAAGCCACAGCAACAAAGCCAACAACUACUAGUCCAACAAAAUCAAGUGGCAAGUCCCAAAAAACAAUAACUACAUCAACAACAAGCGGUAGUAGUAGUGCUACAACCAGCAAGGCAGCUGUAGUGGCAAAUAAAACGAAGCCAGCUGCAGUACAUAAGAAAUAAAUUUAAAAAAUAAAACAAAUAUAUUUUCUAAGUGACUAUGUGUAAAGAAAUCGAGCUCUAUUGCUGUUAAGUGUAAAGUCUAACAAAAAAAUAAUAUUUUUAAGCAAGGUAUUAACAAGACGUACGUGUUUUAAUAUAAAUGUUAUACGCCUAGCUGUUGAUAUAUGGUACUAGUUAUAUUACAAAUAUACAUUUUAUAGAUAUUUAUUUUUAUGGAUUAAUUUUACUUUUGAGACGAAAUGCAAAUUCAGCCAACAUAAAUUGUUUCCUACAAGCGGACGGACUUUGUCCAGCACCUACAACUACUUACAAAAAGCGUUUCCUAGCAAUAGAGCAAACAGUAUUCACCGAUUGUAUAUACACAUACACUAUAGUUCCUUUUGUAACUGAUUUAUGGAGUGAUUUGUUUGUUGAGAGACUCAUUGUCAUAACCGAAAAGUUAACGUAGUUAUUAGCCUAUAUAUAUAUAUAUAUAUGUUUGAUUUGUAUAUUUGUCAGACAUACCUACAUACGUAUA